AUGCUGCAGCUGCCUUCACGGCUCAAAGCUCCUCUUGGGGCCCAGCGGUGUAUCCUCCGCUAUCGGCCCACGCGGCAUCCAUUCCACUGCUUCAUUUAUCGCGGAUUGUCGAGCUCGUCUGCAACGUUUCCUACCUCAUCUCAAUUCAAUAGAUCAGACUUUACAAGUCAACCUUGGAGCGGGAGUUAUGAGCCCGGGUUACCAACUACCGGGCCCCUGGCGUCGGCUCCGGCCUUCGGAGCUCCCAGGAUUACACCUAAGGCAUUGAAACAAUAUCUCGACCAGUUUGUGGUUGGGCAAGAUCGUGCCAAGAAGAUUCUGAGUGUUGCUGUGUAUAAUCAUUAUCAGCGCGUGCAGGAAAUUCAACGGCGCGAAGAAGAAGCGGCAGAGCUUUUGGCAAAGCGCGCGCGGCGGGAUGCGAUUCAGCACCAUCCGGUGGAAGACGAGUUUCCAGGUCAACAACAAACUACUACUACACCUUUCCACCCGCUAUCAUCAUCAUCACUCCCCGACGCUGAGCUCGAUGCCUCUUCGCCGCUACAUUUAGAGAAAUCUAAUAUUCUUCUACUUGGACCAACGGGGGUUGGAAAGACACUCAUGGCAAAGUCUCUGGCGAAAGUUUUGUCUGUUCCUUUCAGUAUUUCCGAUUGUACUCCUUUCACGCAGGCAGGCUACAUCGGGGAGGAUGCAGAAGUAUGUGUUCACCGACUUCUCGCCGCAUCUAACUAUGACGUCGAGCAAGCUGAGCGGGGUAUCAUUGUUCUGGAUGAGAUUGAUAAAAUCGCCGCUGCCAAGGUCAGCCACGGAAAGGACGUCAGUGGAGAAGGGGUGCAGCAAGCCCUACUCAAAAUUAUUGAAGGUACCACAGUUCAAGUACAGGCAAAGCAAGAGAAAAACGCUCCUCGCACGGGGGGAACCCCCAACACAUACCCAUCAAACAGUCCUUUAGGGAACUCACCCUACUCGUCUUCGAACAACGGGAACGUCCCCCAGAAGGGGGAGGUCUACAACGUGCGGACGGACAACAUUCUGUUCAUCUUUUCGGGCGCUUUCGUCGGAUUACACAAGAUCAUCAUGGACCGGAUAUCACGCGGUUCGAUGGGGUUUGGUCAACCCGUCCGUUCUCAAACCAACUUUAGUGAACACCCUGAGCAGUCCAGUCAAGCGAACAACCAACCGAUCCCCAUCCUUCCAGGAUCGGAGGAAGAAGCGUUGUACAAGAAACAUCUGCCUUUCUUCACUGCGGCCACUUCUGAGUCUCCUGACAGCGAGCCGACAUACUUUAAUGCUCUCGACCUUCUCAACCCUACUGAUCUGCAAAAUUACGGGUUCAUACCCGAGUUAGUAGGCCGUGUCCCGGUCACAGCUGCCCUCUCUACCCUAUCCACCCCCCUUCUUGUCCGGAUCCUCACAGAGCCUCGCAACUCCCUCCAAGCCCAAUACACAACAUUGUUCUCUCUCUCAGGCAUUGAACUUCGAUUCACCACCCCAGCUCUGCAUAAGAUUGCCUCCAACGCCUUCAAAAUGGGUACCGGGGCCCGUGCUCUUCGCACCGAGUUAGAAACCAUUCUCAGUGACGCCAUGUUCGAAACGCCCGGCUCGAGCGUGAAAUUCGUCCUAGUCACCGAAGCAGUCGCCGCGCGCGACGAAAAACCCAGCUAUCUUGCGCGAGGGCAGGGUGGACGCUUUCACUCCCUGAUCGCAACGGAGGAGAGCCGGUGGGAGGAAAAGGUGCUUCAAGAGAAGAAAGAGAAGGCCAAGAAGGCCAAGGCCCGGGCUGUCUCCAUGCAAGAGCCUCUUUUCUGGAAUUUUCGUGAGUAUCGAAAGCGGGCAAUAAUGUCUUAG